AUGGAAGUUACAGUAAGUCAAUGGAAUGAAGCAGAAAAUGAGGUUGAGGAAGCUGGCUUGAAACGAAAGCAGGACCUCCACCGCAGAAGCAGCAGUUCAAAUAAGGGCAUAGAAGUUGAAGAUACUCAAGGUUCUGCUAUUAACUGUGAGAAUGAAUUUUCUGGAAGCGAAGGUGGAGGCCUAGAGUUAGAUGAAUCUGAGAAGAAAGAAAAUUUCUUUGUGAUCAGAACACAGGUGAAUGCUGAAAUGAUCCUCCAACAUGAGGAUUUUGAGAAUAGCACAAUCUUACCUGCUUCUGAUCCUCCUCUUCCUGAGGAUUCUACUUCUUUGAACAAUGUGACAACCGAAACUGGAACAGUUAGCAUCAUGAAUGAAAAUGAGCAAGAAAGGCAAGAAUUAUAUUUGGAAAGUGUAUUUCAAAAACCUCAAACACAUGGAUUCUACUGUCCCAACUGCAAUUCUUGUAUCCAAAAGGUCUACAUUCAAAAGGAUGAAUUGAUACAGCCUAGUGAUCAUACUCAACCUCUGCAAACAACUGAUCCAAUAAGAUGCUCAUCAUGCUUCAGUUUCCUCAUUCCAAUUGGUAGUUGGUUAUUCUCUGGAUGGGUUUCUGCUGAGGAUGGAGCAUUAAAUGAUCAGGAGCCUGAAGACCCUAAACAAACAGUAAAAGGUGCAUCACAACAAGAGGCUCCAGAACCUGAUCAAUCUGUAGAAGAAGGUACCACAAAAUCGGACAUUAACAUUGCAGGUGACUCAGGAAAACAAACCCUGCACAUCAUUGAUGAAAUGGAAACAGGACCACAAAAAGUAGCAAGUGAAGUAAAAGAUAAAAUCAAUGGCACAGGUUUUGGAAGCAUUCCUGUAAACAGCAUGAAAUCACAAGAUUCAUCAAAGAACUUGAUUGCAACCUCAAAAGACAAUGGUAAAGGUCAAGUUGCACCAAAAAAGAAACAAUUUUGGAAUGAUUGGGCAGUUAUAGGUGGUGCUUCAGAGUCCUCUGUACCCAAAAAAUCUGAAACUGACUCUACAAAAAGUAGUGAUUGGAGAGUUAUAGCUGCUGCUCCUCCUUCCACUAUACCUAAGCAACCUCAAACUGACUUUCCCGACACGAAACUGCCAGAGCUUGUCGAAGUUAAAGUCGAACCCUCCCCAGGGCUACCUGAACAAGAAGUUCCUGCUGAAAGCACACCACUUCUUACUCGUAGAGAACCACCUGUACCAGCAACAGCAAGUACUAAGAAAUUGGAAAUUCUGAAAAGCAUUGUAUAUGGUGGUUUGACUGAAUCAUUAGCAAGCCUUAGUGUUGUGACAUCUGCUGCUAGUGCUGGCGCUACCACAUUGAACAUUGUUGCGCUGGCUAUUGCAAACUUGAUUGGUGGACUUUUCGCUCUUGGUCAUAAUCUUGGGGAACUGAAAGCUGAGCAACCCAAAAGAGUUGAGAAUGACACACCAGUGGAUCGAUACAAUGAAUUACUGGGGCAGAGGGAGAAUUUCAUUCUUCAUGCUUUUAUUGCUAUUUUAUCAUUCAUUGUUUUUGGGUUAGUGCCACCGUUGGUAUAUGGCUUCUCAUUCCGUGAGAGUAAUGACAAGGAUUUCAAGUUGGUAGCUGUUGCGGGAGCUUCUCUACUAUGCAUCACACUGCUUUCCAUUGCCAAAGCGUAUAUUCAAAGAUCAAAUAACUAUUUGACUUACUUACAAACAGUGCUUUACUAUCUUAGCACUGCAGCUGUGGCUUCAGUGCUUUGUUACUUAGCUGGUGACCUGGUGAAGAAACUCGUGGAAAAGCUUGGAUGGUUUGAUUCAGCAUCAAAUUUUUCCUUGCAGAUUCCUGGGAUUAGUGUACAACAACAUGGAUUGGAAUCAUACUAA